CUUCGUUACUUCGCGAAGAUCGAGUCUUUAUUAAAGCUCUCGAUUCUCGUCUCAGAUCUUCGUAAAAAUCUUCAUCUCUGCCGGCGCUAUUAAUUUUUUUCGAGAAAAAUGGACAAAUCUACUUCAAAGGAAUUAUCAUCUGCAGAAGCUGUGUUGUUAGGAGCUUUAGCUUCCGGUGUAAACGGUGCAACAUGGUCUGUUCUCAAGAUUACUUUUUUGAUGCUUGGUGUCUGCCUUAUCGCCAUGCUUUCUCUAGCAUUCAUAUCCAGUGACUUUGUUAUUGUUGGCAACGUUCUUUUGCUUGUCGUAAUAAGUGCAGUUCUUUUUAUACUUCUUAAUGGGUUUCUCGAGCAAACUGGCUUCGUAUCAGUAGAACAACAGAUGGAGGAGAUGGGCAUAUCACAAAACAAUUCGUCUACCGACAAAGAUAAGGAUGAGUAAAGAAGGGGAAUAAAAAAAAAACAUUUCAUACCAAUUAUUUUACUUAGAUAAGGGGGCUACAGAUCAUGAGAUGGGUAAAGAUGGCAUUUGUUUCUACAAAAUAUUCAAAGUAAGAGAUUUGCAGUGAGCCAUAGAUUCCCUUUCAACCCCCUUUGGCUUCCUUCUGCUUCGGUUUGCUCUUCUUGGCCUUCAUGAAGCAGAAAAAGGAGCAGCACGGGCACUGGAACAAGAACUUCAUAGUUGUAUUAUUAGACUCUCAAAAUUUAGCAAAGAAAUUGUUAACUGAAAUUUGGUUCA